AUAUUGAGCCCCUCUUCUGGAGUAGUACCUCUAUGAUAAGCCCACUGUGUUUUGUUUUGUUGCCAAUCCAUUUUCAGUGACUUGCAAUUUUAUUUCCUAUUUAGUUAAUUAAUUUUUAAUCUUUGAGUCCCACCAUGGGUCAAGGCCAGAGUGCCGGUAGUGGCAGCGGUGGUGAGAAGAAAGAUGACAAGGAUAAAAAGAAGAAGUAUGAACCUCCAAUCCCCACAAGAGUCGGUAAGAAGAAGCGCAAAGCUAAGGGUCCAGAUGCUGCCACCAAGUUGCCGCAAGUCACCCCUCAUACGAAAUGUAGGCUGAAGCAGUUGAAAUUAGAAAGGAUUAAGGAUUACUUAUUGAUGGAAGAAGAAUAUAUCCGCAAUCAAGAGAGAUUGAAACCUCAAGAAGAAAAAAAUGAGGAGGAAAGAUCAAAAGUAGAUGAUUUAAGAGGAACGCCAAUGUCCGUCGGAACUCUUGAAGAAAUUAUUGAUGACAAUCAUGCUAUCGUGUCAACAUCUGUAGGAAGUGAACACUAUGUCAGUAUAUUAUCUUUUGUCGAUAAGGAUCAACUGGAGCCUGGAUGUUCCGUGUUACUUAAUCACAAGGUGCACGCCGUAGUUGGUGUUCUGUCAGAUGACACAGAUCCCAUGGUGACGGUGAUGAAAUUAGAAAAAGCUCCUCAAGAAACCUAUGCUGACAUUGGAGGUCUAGACCAACAAAUUCAAGAAAUCAAAGAGUCAGUGGAGCUGCCUCUAACUCACCCGGAAUACUAUGAGGAAAUGGGCAUCAAGCCUCCAAAAGGUGUGAUAUUGUAUGGACCCCCUGGCACUGGCAAGACACUCCUGGCCAAAGCUGUAGCGAACCAAACAUCUGCAACUUUCUUAAGAGUUGUCGGCUCCGAGCUCAUCCAGAAAUACCUGGGAGACGGUCCAAAAUUAGUCAGAGAAUUAUUCAGAGUAGCGGAAGAACAUGCGCCAUCCAUUGUCUUCAUCGAUGAAAUUGACGCUGUAGGUACCAAGCGUUAUGAUUCGAAUUCUGGUGGGGAAAGAGAAAUUCAACGUACUAUGCUCGAGCUUCUGAAUCAGCUGGAUGGUUUUGAUUCUCGUGGAGAUGUCAAAGUUGUUAUGGCAACAAAUCGUAUAGAAACUCUUGAUCCAGCAUUGAUUCGUCCUGGUCGUAUCGACCGAAAAAUAGAAUUCCCUCUGCCAGAUGAGAAGACCAAGCGCAGAAUAUUCAACAUUCACACAUCUCGCAUGACUGUAGCUGAAGGUGUAAACUUGCAAGAGCUGAUCAUGGCCAAAGAUGAUUUAUCUGGAGCUGAUAUUAAGGCAAUAUGUACUGAAGCUGGUCUCUUAGCUCUCCGUGAAAGGAGGAUGAAGGUCACGAAUGAGGAUUUCAAGAAAUCAAAGGAAAGUGUACUAUAUCGAAAGAAAGAAGGAAGUCCUGAGGGUCUUUACCUUUAAGGCAUCAAGUUUUUUUAUUCAAGUUUGAUGUUUUUAAGAUUUGUGAAUCUAACUUCACUACAGCCCCAUGCAAACUGUUCAGAUGAUCAAUGUCCUCCAAUUAAAACCGUACUUCAAGUGUUUUCAUCAUCAUUCAUACAAAUUGAGGAACUGAAAAAACUUUUUUGAUGCAUUUUAGAAUCAUUUCAGAUGGUCUGUAAGAUUUUUCCCCUAGUGUAUUUACGACACCUUUUUGAAUGAUUCAGUUUUAUACUGUCCUUCUCAAAGAUAAAGUUGCGAUUGAGCUGUAAAACACUGUGUUAAUAUUUUUUUUUCUUUCUAGGACAUAUCUUUUGUUCCAAGACAAAUGAAGGGAUAGUCAGAAAAUUGUUUGUCAAUCCCUGUCAAUUUUUCAAUGUUCUGUUAGAACGUCAUUGCUUAGACCUCAAGUCCAGUUAUUUUUUAUAAAUUUGUAUUAAUUUUUCUAUAUUCUUUUUGUACAUACCUUUGUGUACUUUAUUUCAACCUAACACCUAGUAAACCAGAAAUAAAAUAAAAUUAAUUACCAAAA